AUGCCUCCAAAGCGCAAAGCACCUGCCGCCAGUGGAAGCGCUGCGCCCAAGACGCGCCAGUCCAAACUCGCAAAAGAGCACAACGUCACGCCGCAAGAAGAGGGCGAAAUCCGGGAGGCAUUCAGCCUUUUCGCGGAGCCUAUGGAUGGAGAGAAGCACGGUGUUCUACCCAUUGACGAUGUCAAGUCUGCGCUCAUAGCCCUUGGUGUCCCGCCUUCAUCGCACGCAGAGCUCAAGGAAUUCGUUUCGAUUCUCGAUCCCGAUAACGACGGCUAUGCAACCUUUGAACCAUUCUUCGCCAUCUGCGCCCUGAAAUUCCACACAAGAGAGCACGAUUCGGAUGCUCACCGUGCAGAAGUCGAGGAGGCCUUCCGACUUUUUACAAAUGGGCAGGAUGGACCGAUCACGCUCGGGCAUUUGCGGCGUGUAGCAGCCGUGCUGAAAGAAGAUGUGGACGAGGAGCUGCUCAAGGAUAUGAUUCUCGAGGCCAACGGAGGCGUAGGUGUUGCUCGAGGCGUAGGCGCUGAGGAGUUUGAUCGAGUUAUGAAGAGUGCUGGUGUCUGGAGGUGA